UUUUUUUUUCUUUCUUUUUUUUAAAUUUCGCGCGCUCCUCGGAGCUUCUUUCUUUCGAUCGGCGAUCCGAGGUGCCUUCUCGCAGCUGAAGAAGAGGAGGAACGUUUGGAAAGAGAUUGUUGUUGGUGUCGGGAAGGCAACGUGGCCUUUCGAAAGCCGCGAUUUCGUUACCGUUCGACACCUUGAAUCCACCUAGGCGAAGGUGGUCGAUCGCUGCGAAGGAUCCUCUCGCAACCUUGACCCACUGGGAUCAAUCCGCUGCUACAAUUAUAAGGCGUAUAUAUAUAUAUAUAUAAGUCGAUACGAACGAUACUUCGAAUCGAAGCCUCAUAGAUAGUUUUUCAUCAGUCGGACAGUGGAAAUAUGAAACGGUGAUCGGUGGACUCGCAGAAGAAGCAUUCUUACGGUGUAGAAGGACGAUGCUUUUCAUUGUGCAGAUUGGACACGAUCUCUCCGGUAGUCGUCGAUGAAUAGAUUCGCAACAGCUCAUUCUUUGGUUUCUUGGCAACGUCAGAUGAGACUUCUACUAUGCGAAGACAUGACUUCUGGUGCUAUUCAAGGUACUUCGUCAGUUUGUACUAGCCACUUUGAAAAUUAUCAGUGUGCCUAUUAAAUUCGUUAAAAUAGUUUUAUUUCCUUCGCUUGUGUACAGGGUGAAUGGGGGUAGACGGCAUUCGUCGAAACGAUGAAAAUAAGUCCUAGUAAACACGAGUCGAAGAAUUGACAAUCAGUUGAAAAACUAAAAAUUAACAAUUAGCAAAGGUGUGAGCGAUCCUUCGGUUUCGGUGAAUGAAAUGCUUGUGACAGAAAAGUUAAAGCACAGAAUCUUUGAAAGAGUAUGUAGAAAUUAUAAGGUAAAUUACUUACCUAUAAUAUGACAGCUCUCGAAGCGAAGAAUGAGAAAAUUCUUCAAACCGAAACAAAACAUCGUUUAUAACUUUGAAACUAUUAAUUUUUUUCUAUUCACCCUGUACAGAGUUAUGACUUUGGUCUCGCGUGUGUUGCGAUAACAGGCGGAGAUGAUGAUUUCUAA